AUGCCAUUUACCUGUGGAGUUGGAGCACAAGGCGAUGUGGGCUCUAAAAACUGCAAAUUUGGAUCUAAAACCGGAGGUGAAGCCCGGUUCCUUCAGAUUCACGAAUUGGAAGAGCUACGACAACACGCCUAUGAAAACUCCGUGUUAUACAAAGAGCGCACCAAGAGAUUGCAUGAUAAACGCUUGAAGGACCAUAAACAAUUCCAAGCGGGAGAUCUUGUUUUACUCUACAACUCGAGGUUGCGUCUAUUUCCUGGGAAGUUGCAUUCGCGUUGGACGGGUCCGUAUACGGUAAAGGAGGUAUUUCCUUAUGGGACCAUCAUGAUUGAGAAUGCUGACGGAGUAAUUUUCAAGGUAAAUGGUCAUCGCUUAAAGCUCUAUGUUGUCGGGCCGAUCGAGUCGGCGGUGGAGGUUAUCGAACUCCUCGCCCCGCACACAUUAUAA